AUGGAGGACGAAGAUUUAUACGACGAGUUUGGAAACUUCAUUGGAGGCAACUCCGACGACUCGUCUUCCGAGUCUGAAAGAGACGAGUUGGUCGAAACGUUAGAGCUGUUAGGUACAGGUGAGGUCGAUGAUCUUAGUGAAGAAGACGGAAAUGAUGAAGAUGAAGACGAAGACGAAGACGAAGAUGGAGAUGCUGUUACAGACAGAAAAUCAUUGGUGGUAAAAGACGAUGCCGAGCUUAAUCGUAACGAUGUUUUAGUUAAAGCUUAUGGUACAGCCGUGGAGACUUUGGUAAUGAGCGAAGACACACCAAUGACGAACGAAGAGCCUGUUAUCAAGCCAUUGACUCAUAAGAAAAUGAAGGUUGAAUUCACUGAUGAUGUUCGAAGCAAGAAUCCCUUGUUAGAAGGUGAAGACCUCUGCAAAGAGAUGUGGAGACUGUUACCUGAACUUAACUAUGAUCGAGAGUAUAUGAUUCAAACUAUGAAGCUGGUACCAGAGAGAAUACGAACCGUUGCAGUUGUUGGAGGUCUUCAUUCAGGUAAGACUACGUUCAUUGAUACGCUUGUGUUGGAUACGCAUUCACCUUCCAUACAACCUAGUAAGACAUUGAAGAGUUUCAAGCCCUUAAGAUUCACAGAUAACCACAAGAUGGAGAUCGAAAGAGGCAUGUCGAUACGUCUUUCACCCGUGACAUUACUACUUCCUGAUCUGAGGGGCAUUUCAUACGUAUUGAACUUGAUAGACACUCCAGGCCAUGUUGCCUUUGAGGACGAGUCUACAGCAGCUUUACAAGCAGUCGAUGGCAUGGUCUUAGUCAUUGAUGUAGUGGAGGGUCUUACCUUUAGAGAUAGGAACUUGAUCACAGAGGCAUUACGUAUGGAUUUGGCUAUAUGUGUGGUGUUAAAUAAGCUUGAUAGACUUGUAUUGGACUUAAGAUUGCCUCCCAGAGAUGCCUACUAUAAGAUGGAAUAUAUUAUUGACGACAUUAAUGCCUUCAUCGACACCAAAAGCGAAUACUUGACGACUUAUUCUCAUCCAAAACAAGUCACUCCAUUGAAUGGUAAUGUUAUCUUUGCUUCUUCAACCUUACAAUUGGCCUUUAGUAUUGAAACCUUUGCCAAUUUGUACUAUGAGAAUAUGGAUCUUGGUGGAGAUGAUCUUGAUGCUACAUCCUUUCAACAGUAUCUCUGGGGUGAUAUUUUCUACGAUUUGUCCAACAAGACGUUCACGACUAACCAAACUGUUCAUCCUCAUUCGUUCGUUCAUUUUGUCCUUGAACCAAUCUAUAAGCUCUUCACCUAUACUUUAGUGUCUGACGUUAAAGGGUUGGAAUUAUCGCAUUAUCUUUGGCAUGAAUUCGGUGUUGAGUUCCCCAAAGCAAACUUCAAGCUUGACCCUCCAAUACUUUUACGGAAUGUGUUUCAUUCUUUGUUCUCCUUUCCUAAAGUGUUCACUCAAAUGGUUGUCAGAAGUACGCACGUUGAGUCAGUGUCAGGGUCAGUGUCAGGGUCAGAGUCAGAGUCCUUCAUUGGUAAAGCGGUCAAACUAAUUGAGUCAUCUAAUGGUCAAGACUUUCUAGCAUUAGUUCGAGUCAUUCAAGGCUCCAUUUCUAAGGGGUCACGAGUUCGAGUCUUGGGUGAGACGUUCGCAGAAAAUGAUGAAGACAUGGCAAUACAAACAGUCAAUGAAUUGUAUAUUCCAGGUGGCAGAUAUAAAGUUCCAGUGAAUGAUGCUGGAGUUGGAAGCUUGGUUCUUAUUGGUGGUAUCGAUUCUAUUAUCAAUAGUGGUGCUACUUUAUUAGACCCGGUUAUUUCUAUCGAUGCCCCUACUGAUGCCGGUACCGGUACCGGUACCGGUCACUCCACGAUAUUCACAAUUCCAGACUACACUUGCAAAUCUGUUUUCAAGGUGGCUAUUGAACCAGCCAAUCCCUCAGAGCUACCCAGGUUCUUGGAUGGUCUUCGAAAGAUUAACAAGACAUAUUUAGCUUCAAGAUUAAAGGUAGAAGCCAGUGGAGAGCAUGUUUUAAUGGGGCCCGGAGAGCUUUAUCUUGAUUGUGUUUUACAUGAUUUAAGGCUCUUUUUCACUGAUGAUUUGGAAAUUAAAGUAUCUGAUCCUACAGCCAAAUUCAGUGAAACAUGUUCGGAAACGUCGGUGGUCAAAAUAGCUUCUUCGAUUGGUUCAACAGGGAACAAGAUCUCGGUGAUAGCCGAACCCAAUAAGGACUGGAAGCUUUCCAGGGCCAUAGAACAAGGUAAGUUGGAUUUAAGUCAACCUGUUAAGCAUACUGCUAAAGUAUUAAGAAAAGAGUUUGGUUGGGAUGCUUUGGCAGCAAGAUCAGUCUGGAGUUUCGGACCAAAUAAUGACUUAAAAUCUGCCUCAAUGUUACUUGAUGAUACUCUAGAAGAGAAUACCGAUAAGGUGCUUCUUUACUCCUUGAAGGACUCCAUUUGUACUGGGUUUAAAUGGGCAGUCAAUGAAGGACCAUUGUGUGAUGAGCCAAUACGAAACACCAAGUUUAAGAUCCUAGAUAUGGCUCUAGCAGGGUCCGUGGUUCAAGCUGCUGGUGGUUCUGCACAAUUAGUUCCAUUGGUGAGGAAAGCUUGUUAUACUGGAUUGUUAACCGCCAAACCACGUUUAAUGGAGCCAAUAUAUACCGUCCACGUGACGACGUCUGAACCAGCCAUUGAAGCGGUGUCACUCUUGGUGUCAAAGAGAAGAGGAAAGAUCAUUCAUCAGAAUCCAAUCCCAGGUACGGCUCUACACCAAUUAGAAGGGUUUAUUCCAGUCAUAGAGUCAGCUGGCUUGGAAACAGAUAUCCGGUUACGAACUCAGGGUCAAGCCAUGUGUUUCUUAGAAUUUAGAAAAUGGGAUAUCGUUCCGGGAGACCCACUAGAUCUGGAAGCCUUUAUACCCAAAUUGAAACCUGCACCAAAAUCCUCUUUGGCGAGAGACUUUGUGAUGAAAACAAGAAGACGUAAGGGUCUUAGUGGGGAACCCAGCCUACAGAAAUAUGUGGAUCCGAAUAUCUACCUUCAGUUAAAAGAAAGAGGUUUAUUACUUUGA